AUGUCUUUUACCACUGAAGUAGGAGAGAUAAGUAUUAAUCUAUGUCCCAAUGAGAAAGAUAGUAAUAAAACAGAGGUGAGGCUUGUCGAUGAAGUAAGGUUUAACAAAUUAGAGAAUAAAUCAAGUUUAGGACAAAACUGUCUAUUAGGGGGAAAAAGUGUUUUAACAGCUAUAGAAGAUGGGUAUUUUAAAAGAAAUAGCAGCGUAUUUGAAGAGUUAGAUAAGGAUAUUAAACAGUCAGAUUAUACAAUAGAAAAUCCAUCUAGCUUUCUAGUGGUGGGUAAUAAAAAUCAACCACUCAAAGUAAAUGCAAGGGGAUAUGGUCCAGGAUUAUGA